CUUUUAUUAUUGGGGUGUUGGUGUACAUUCAUAUUUUGAAUUCUGUUGGUACGGAUCACGAUGAACCUCCACAAGGCAAAGAUGAAGACAUUGAUUAUUCUCCUGAUGGUAUUAAAAAACCUAAAGAAAAAUCUGGGAUGACAACGAAAAUGGAACUUGAAAGGGCAGGAAUUAUAGCUAAAUUUUGUUCAGAUUUAGUAUUUUGUUUAAUUGCUGGACCUUCAACUUUAUGGGUCAAGGCCUAUCUUCUCUUAGCAUUUCUUUGGUAUUCGGUGGGUGACCUUCAUAAAAAGUUAGAAACUAAAGAUGAAACCGAAAAAAUAUCUAAACAAGAACAACAAAUCGAAUCAACAAAAGCCUAA